UCAAAUCAUAUAAUUUUUUCCCCACCCUGAUCUCUUCUGACUGCUUUGCACUUUUGCUUGUUUGUUUGCUAUUUUCACACAAUUAUCCAUCCAACAUUUGUAUUAUAUUAUACUCUAUUUCGUGGAUUCCUACCUGUUAUAUUAUAUUUCGUCGAUUCCUACUCUCUUUGUUUUUUAUUAUUGAAAAAUAAGAAGGAAAAAAGGACACGUUUUUUCAAUCACUUGUUCAUGUUGUCAUGACGGUGAUGGGCUGUCUCCCUUUUGGUUCAUGAGAAUUCAGUGUUUUGUGGGUUCUUUCUCAUUCGUGAUCAUCACAUGUAAAUUCCUUUUGUUUAGAAUUGUAUCCUUUUCCUUCUUGGGUUUUUUUACUCCUUUGGUCACCAUAUUUUGAUUUCUGCAGAAUUCAAAGCAGGAUUCUAAACUCAAAGCGACAUAUUUGGUGUCUUCUCAACUCUAUAUACCAUCAAUUCCCAAGGUUAUUGUGAUUGUAGGACUUGGUAUGUUCUAAAUCUGUUCUUGAAUUCUUCUAUGGACCUUUUUCAAUGAGUUGGGUUAUGAUAAGGCUGUAAGUUUGUGAAUUUCAAAUGGACUUGUCCUCUAAAAGUAAGCUUUCGAGGUUAAUCGGCUGCCAGUUGACUUCUCUAACUUACAUAUGUCUUGCACUGGUCACCAUGGUUCUGUUUCUCAGAGCUGUGUUGCUCCAUUCAUUUUCUGGCUAUGGUGUGAUUGAAUGGAACAACCUGGACUUGAUUCUAAGCCACUCUUUGUUGUUAAACUCCCAUGAUGAAGGGAUUCGUAGGGACAAGUAUUUGGAGGUUCCUCAAAUUGUUUGGGGACUAAAUAACCAGAAGAUAGCAUUUGCAAGAGCUUGUUUGACUGCUAGAACGCUGAACCGAACUCUUUUGAUGCCUAGCUUAAGUGCUUCACUUUUCUAUAAGGAAAUUGACCGCUUGCAGCCUAUUUCCUUCGAUAAAGUCUUCCAAUUCGAUAAGUUCAAUUCACUUUGUAAGGGGUUCGUGCAAUUGGGUCGUUACUCGGAUCUUAAGAAUCAGACUGGAAUAUAUGAUCUCCAAAAGGGGAGUGGAAGAAAGUGGACAGUUGAGAGAGACAUGGAGCACUUGAAGCAAAGCAGCAGGGGUCAUGUUGAUGAGCAUGAAGUGAUUAGAAUUGUAGGAAAGAAUCCAUUCCUUUGGCAUGAUCAUUGGCCUGUCGAGGACUAUGCAAGGGUCUUUGAGUGCUUAGUUUUGGUUGAUGAGAUAUCGAAGGAAGCAGAUAAAGUUGUGUCCAAGAUUAGGCAGAUAGGAAAAAAGCAUAGGAGCAAAACCGAGAUGAUACAAAGCGAUUUCGAUGCCAACACAGAGAGUUCUUCAACGGCAACAGCCCCUUACAUUGCAGUCCAUAUGAGGGUAGAAAUAGACUGGAUGAUUCACUGUAAGAAGUUAGAGCAACGAUCAGGCGUAAACCAAAUAUGUAGUAGCAAACAAGAAAUCAUAGAAAGAGUGGGGAACAUUGUCAGCUCAGAAUCUCCCACUGUUGUGUAUCUUGCUGUUGCCGAUAGUCUCCUCAAUGAUUCUUCAAUAUUGAGUGGUUGGAAGAAAGGGUUGCUUCCUUUUGAGAAGAAGAGAUUAGGUGUUGAUGGGAUUUACAAGAAGCAUCCAUAUCUAAUUCAGUCAGCAAUCGACUAUGAGGUGUGCUCGAGGGCCGAUAUUUUUGUUGGCAACAGUUUUUCCACAUUUUCUAGCCUCGUAGUUCUUGAGAGAACACAAAAGAUGAAGAGAAUGGGCAUCACAAGGUCAUGCGACAUCGAUGUUAGGUGGCCGUCUUAUGCGUACAACAUAUUAGGGGAAUCAAACGGUCCUCAGAAAUGGAUGACUAACAUGUCUCAUUCAACUCUCCAAGCAAUUAGUUAUGGUUCUAAUGCAAUCACAUGUUGAAAGUUUAUGGCAUACAAUUUUCUACUGCAGUUCGCCAUGUUGAUGAUGCUUGUAUAUACACUGUAAAGAGAAGCAGGUGAAGAGGCGUAUCUUGAUACAGCUGAAUACUGAAAUAGGGUACAGUUUUCGUUUUUGUAAUUUUGGUGUCUGAUAUAUCUUAUUGUUUAUAGAGAACGUAUUUAUUAUGUUGAAGCCAUUGUCCAUAGAUUUAUUAUCUUUCUUUUUUCAGCUAAAUAUCCUCAUAAAACUUUAUUUGGUUACCUGUUCUUGGUUUGUGUUUACAAAUGAAAAAAUAGUCUUUAAAGCUUUCACCAA